ACCACCUGGUGGCGCACGGGAGGAUGGCGGAGAAGGACGCGCGUCGCAAGUUCAAGCAGAUUGUGGCGGCGGUGAACUUCUGCCACUCGCGCCGCGUGGUGCACCGUGACCUCAAGGCCGAGAACCUGCUGCUGGACCACAACCUGAACAUCAAGAUCGCCGAUUUUGGAUUCAGUAACCGCUUCACGCCGGGGCAGCUGCUCAAGACAUGGUGCGGCAGCCCCCCGUACGCGGCGCCGGAACUCUUCGAGGGCAAGGAGUACGAGGGACCCAAGGUGGACAUCUGGUCUCUGGGCGUGGUGCUGUACGUGCUGGUGUGCGGAGCGCUGCCGUUUGACGGGAGCACGCUGCAGAACCUACGCGCUCGUGUACUCAGCGGGAAGUUCCGCAUACCCUUCUUCAUGUCCACAGAAUGCGAGCACCUCAUCCGCCACAUGCUGGUGCUGGAGCCCAGCAAGAGGCUCAGCAUGGAGCAGGCCUGCAGACACAAGUGGAAUGAAGUCUGGAGACCCCGACCCGGAGUCGAUCGGCUCAUCUCGCUACAGACGCAGCAGUCCUACGACCACCACAGCGCCAUCUACUACCUGCUGUGCGACAAGAUGAAGCGCAGCGACAAGCUGAAGAGGGCUCAGCCCUGCCCAGGGCCCUACCAGCCUGCCGCACAGGUCGCCGCUCCCAUUCCCGGAGGCGCCCGCCCCGCGGCACCCCCCCCGGGGCAGCAGCCGCCCCAGCCGUGCGUGGAGAGGGGGGGCAGCCCCCUCAUGCUCACCGUGCCCCAGCUGCAGCUCAUCAACCCCGACAACCAGAUUGUCCAAGUGGGGGCCGUGCAGGCCACCAACGGGAUGGAGGGCGGUGUGAGCUUCGACAGCGACGAGGGCGACGAGCCGUCACCAGAGGCGCUCGCCAGAUACCUCUCCAUGCGGAGACACACGGUGGGGGUGGCCGAGCCCAGGGCGGAGGGAGGGGGCGACGAGCUGCAGAAGCUGCACGGGGUCCCGGGGGGGUCGGGGGGGGCGGCGUCGUGGGGGGGGGCCUGGGCACCGGGGGGCGCACGCUGCAGCCCCCCCAGCCCUUCCUGGGCGUGGGGGGGGGGAGGGAGCCGUGCUGCCCACGCUGCCCUCGCUGGCGCCACACAACACCCCACUCGAGAGCAGUCCCUGCUGCAGCCCCUGCUGCAGGCUCUGGACGGCGCCAGCCUGGGCCGGCGGGCGUCCGACGGCGGCGCCAACAUCCACAUGCAGGCGCAGCAGCUGCUGAAGCUGCGCCUGGUGGCCCAGAGCCAGGCCAACCCACGUGGGCCCUCUCCCUCCCCGCUGUGCGGCGUGUCGGUGAUCACGCCGGAGGAGGAUGAGGAGACGUCUGACGAGGAGCCUGACCAGGAGGCCGCACAGAGGUACCUGGCGGCACGCGGCAGCAACAAGCGGCACACGCUGGCGCUCGCCAACCCCGCUGCCGAGGUCUCCGCCGACCUGCAGCGGCAGCUGGCGCAGCAGCCCAUCAAGGGCGGGCGGCGCAGCUCCCAGCUGCUGUCCCCCGAGCAGCAGCUGCAGCAGCAGCAGCACUCGCGCUACAAGGAGACCAACACGCUGUGCAUCCCGUCCGAGCGCUACUCUGACGUCAUGUUAUUGAUGUUGAUGAUGUCAUCACCCCAGCUACAAGGAGACCAACACGCUGUGCAUCCCGUCCGAGCGCUACACCCCAGCUACAAGGAGACCAACACGCUGUGCAUCCCGUCCGAGCGCUACUCCCCCGUGCGCCGCCUCUCCGACGGCGCCGCCAGCCUGCAGGCCUUCCGCACCCAGAUGCAGCACUCGUGCGGUUCCACGCUCAACAGCAGCAUCAAGCAGCUGCAGCAGGAGUGCCACCAGCUGCAGCAGAGGUACUGCACCACGCCCAUGGACGAGCGGAGCCUCGUGGAGGCUCAGCACCAGCACAAGCUGUUCCACCACCUGCAGGAGUAUUGUGGAUCCCCCCAGGCGAGUCCCCCGCCGGCCCCUCCCCCCCCGAUCACCGUGUCUCCCGCCGGGGGAGGGGCUCUGGGCCCAGAGGUUCCCGCGGUCCUCUCUCACCAGCUGCAGAGAUUGAAGCUGCACACGGCUCAGCCCUCCAGCCCCCCACCCUUCACGUCGGGCAGCGCGGGGGGUAGCCCCCCGUCGGCGCACGUCCCGCUCAUGCAGCCGCAGACAUACCCUGGGCCACCGCAGCAGGUGACAUCCGUCCCGGCCGCAACUGUGGCGUCGCUACAGCUGCCACAGCAACAGCAACAACAACAACAGCAGCAGCAGCAGCAACAGCAGCAGCAGCACAAGCCGCUGUUGAAGCAGCUGAGUGCGGACAGUGCAGAGGCACGCAGUCGCCCAAUCCAAAGGUUUUCUCCCUUGAGUUACGAUCAGACUCACCUCCACCCUCACCUCUACAGCUUCCCUCCCAGCCCUCCGACCACCUCGCGAGCCGCUCAACAACAACAGCAGCAACAGCAGCAACAGCAACAACAGCAGCAGGCUGUCCCCCCUGUCCCGCAGCCGUCCGCCUUCGCUCAGUCGUUCGCUCUCCAGAAAGAGGUUCUCCUUCAGAACCAUCAACUGAUGCUGCAGCAGCAGCAGCAACAGCAGCAGCAGCAACAGCUGCUUCAACAACAACAGCAGCAGCAGCACCUGCUGCAGCAGCAACAGCAGCAGCAGCAUCUGUUGCAGCAGCAGCAACAGGCGCAGCACCUCCAGCAGCAGCAGCAGUACAACAGCAUGCUGGUGCAGAGCCUGGUGUCGCCGCGACACACGUUCGGGGCGCACGCGCAGCCGAUCCGCCUGCAGCCGCCCCCCGCGGGGGGCUCGGGCGGAGGGCGGCGGCCGGCGGGCGCGGGGGGGCGGCUGCCGGGUCGCGGGGGCUCGGGCCCGCUGCCGGGGGCGUGCGCCGGGGCGGACGCCGCGGUCGGGCCGAGCCAGCAGCAGCAGCAGCAGCAACAGCAGCUGCAGCAGCAGCAGCAGCAGCAGCAGCUGCAGCAGCAGCAGCAGCAGCAGCAGCUGCAGCAGCAGCAGCAGCAGCAGGCCGCGUCGCCGGCCCUGACGUCGGGUCAGAGGUCGCGGGCGUCGGCCGUCGGGGCGGUGCAGCAGCAGCAGCCGCCGCCACCCCCCGUGAACUUUCACCUCCUGCAGGCGAUGGGGCGGGGGCGGGGGGCGGAGCGGAGGGGGAGGGGGUCGGGGUUGGCGGGGGCGUGGGGGGGUGCCCCCCACCCCCGGGCAUUGUCGGGCUCCUCCACUCGGAGAGGAUGGAGGAGGACGAGGGAGCGGCGCUGGUGGAGGCGGCGUGCGAGGCGUCGCCGAGCGAGCUGCCGGUGCCUCACGGCCGAGUCCCCUUCCCCACCACGCAGAGUGACGCCGCCGCCUCGUGCCGGGGCCCCGCUGCAUUCCCGCCUCACGGCCUGCUCCUGCAGGCCUUCCCCUCCACCACCACCACCAUCGCUCUCGACCUGCACGUGGAGGCGAGUCAGAAGGCCGCUCUGCAGGCGGCCGUGGCGAUGGAGCGCUCCUCGCCCGGGGAGCAGCGCAAGCGCGGAUUCCUGCAGCGCGGCUACACCGUGCAGGACUCGCAGGACGCCUCGGUUCACGUGCAGUCGUUUGGAGGGAUGAUUCUCAUGGCUGGCCAGUCCAUUUCCCUCGUCGCUGCUGGAGCGGUGACGCUCUGAGCCCCCACUCGAGCCAGGAGAUCACGGCCAUCCGGCCCACAGACACGGAGGGCAUGACCGUCUGCUGACUCGGCACGCGCCGACUCCCCGCUCGUAACCGCGUGGGCGAGGCGCCCGGCGUUGAGCGGCCGAGCAGGAGCCAAGGCCUGUGCCCUCCUUCCUCACUCCCCCAGUGCCGGCGCUCCCCGGCGCUCUCCACGCCCCCUGACCGCGUCCGCCCGCACGCCGUCGCUCUCCCCGCGUGUAACCCUCGCACCUCCACCCGGGUCUCCACUCCCCGGAGUCUCCCGCAGGUCCCACGCCUACCCCCGUCUCUCUCAUCUCUCCCAUCGUCCCUUUCUCGUGACCCAGACAGUCGCCCCCAUCCCCCGCACACCAAUCCUCUUCCCCCCACCCCCCCCCCCCCCCCAGUCGUGAUGGUGCCGUGCGUUAGCGGCUGUGCAACGGGUGCGGGCCGAUUUCUAAAAACUCGCGACGACGCUCACAAGGGCGACGACGCAGUAACGGAGCUGGUAACGUUGGAGAGAGUUAGAGGAGGAGCGUGCCGCUUCGGAGUCGUCCGUCGAGGACUCCCCCAAGUUCUCUGUCCCUCAGUGGCGUCUCUGUCCCUCAGUGGCGUCUCUGUCCCUCAGUGGCGUCUCUGUCCCUCAGUGGCGUCUCUGUCCCUCAGUGGCGUCUCUGUCCCCCCGUGGCGUCUCUGUCCCUCGUGGCGUCUCCGGGCGAACCCUCAGCGGAACAGUUUGAAGGCGCUUCGCUGUAAACGGCGCGGCCUGUAGCCGUCAGGUGGCGACGGUCCGGAGGCUGCGGGGUGGUGGUGGUGGUGUGGUGGUGAUGGUGGUGGUGUGGUGGUGGUAAGGGGAGACCGCGGUGAGAAUUGGAUCGCGGCGAGGAUUGAUGCUGAAGCGACGUUCAUCGAUGCCCCACCACUCCCCCCGCCCGCCCGCCUCAAAUCCUCGCGAGAGGUGGGCAGUGGGGGGUGAAUUUCUAAUCUCGGAUCGCCCCGUUUCCAAUUCCCACCACGGCCGUGUGCCGCGAUCCCCGGCGCGGCGGUGGAGACGACGCCGCCAUGGUAAACCCCCCCCCCUCCUCCCAGCGUGUGGUGGUGGGGUGAGCUGUGGGUCCACCGGGGGGGCGCACGCCCCCCACUCGGACCGCAGGGGGUGCCGGAUCGCGCGGUUUCACGUUUCCAGGAUUUUAUUUUUCUCUUCUUAAAUUAUUUACCGUGAGAAGCCCUCAAUGUGAGUGGGGUUGGGGGGAAGAGGGGGGGGGGGGUUAUCGUAGAAUUUUACGCAAACUUUUAAAUGAGCGAGCGAGCGAGCGAUCGUGUGCGAGCGUGUUAUGAUGCGGUUGUGAAUAACACGGGCGCUAAACCUGCGUGUGUGUGUGUGUGUGAGGGGCUGUACACAAACGGCGUUCGCUAUUCUACAAGUGCGCACCGUACAGCGUGAGCGACCUGCCUUGCAUCACCAGGGGCACAAUAGGACUCUCAAAUAAACACCAUGGCUAGACAACCACGUGGUCUAACAACUACGUGCACGUCACACGCGUGAACACAAAGGCAAAGACCCCCCCCCCCCCCCUUGUAGCCUUAACAGGACUGUUAGGGGGCAAGUGCUGUCAGCGAGCAGCAGCAGCAGCAGCACCUGUGAAGGUCUGACAGGGGCACGUGGCCACAUGGGCACGUGGCCACAUGGCCACAUGGCCAGCAACCACGCUCGGCCGCCCUUAGUACGCACCGCGUGCUCGUUGGAGGCCGCGCGGACCGCACGCCACACCACACACCAUACCAUACCACACACCACACCAUGCCACACACCACACCAUACCACACCAUACCGCAUGCCACACCACGCCACACACCACACCAUACCACAUGCCACGCAACACCA